AUGGCGGCUCAGGUCCGGCUGCACCGGGUAGCCGACGGCACCGUCGAGUUGAACGAGGAGGAAGAGCAGAGCUCGAUGAUGGAGGAUGCUCGUCGGCUGAACAUCCCCAUCCAGUGCUACAUCUGCAAGAGACCAUUUGUCGACCUCCACUUCUUCUACGAUCAGCUCUGCCCGAGCUGCGCCAGCCUCAACUAUCGCAAGAGGAACGAGCUGGUGGAGAUGGACGGGAAGGUAGCUCUUGUGACAGGAGCGAGGGUCAAGAUCGGAUUCCGCUGUGCCCUGAAGCUGCUAAGGUGUGGUUGCACCGUGGUAGCAACGAGCAGGUUUGCAGCUGAUUGCGCACGAAGAUACGCGCAGGAGAAAGACUUUGACAAGUGGAAAGACCGACUUCACUGCGUGGGUAUCGACUUUCGUGACCUUGCCUCGGUCGAGCAAUUCUGCUGUCACAUGAAGGAGAAGUUUUCAAGGCUCGACAUCCUGAUCAACAACGCUUGUCAGACUAUCCGACGCCCUGCGCAGUACUACCGCCAUCUCCUACAGAACGAGCGCAAGGAUGUCAAGGAGCAGGAGCCAGCGGAGGUCGAGGAGGAUGUUGGCAGAGUGAAACCUGUUGCAAGCUCAGCGGAUGUUGGACCGAAGGAGGAGGUGGUAGGGAGCUCGUGCAAGCUGAGUGAGGCCUCCAACACAACCGUGACUUCCAAGAUGCCGUCGAGGAGUACAGCAGCGGAGAUGUCUCAACUUGUGGUGACGGAGGAGGACCUGAAUGAGGACCCGCACGCGUUCCCCAAGAAUGAGAGCGGGGCUAGCGUGCUGGACAUCAACCAGCAGCAGCUGGACCUGCGAAGGAAGAACUCUUGGAUGCUGCGACUGGAAGAGGUUUCCACCGGGGAGAUGGCAGAGGUCAUGGCGAUCAACGCCAUUGCGCCUGCGAUUCUCAACGCGCGGCUCAAGUCUCUCAUGGAGGCGUCGCCGGAUCGGCCAAGGUUCAUCGUCAACGUGAGCGCCAUGGAGGGGAAGUUCUACCGGUACAAGUCAGACCAGCACCCGCACACCAACAUGGCGAAGGCAGCGCUAAACAUGAUGACAAGGACAUCGGCGCAGGACUACGUCAAGUCGGAGAUCUACAUGACGGCGGUGGACACGGGAUGGAUCAACGACGAGAAGCCGAUGGAGAUCGCGGCGAAACAUGGCGAGAGGCACAACUUCCAGACACCCUUGGACGAGGUCGACGCGGCUGCGCGCGUGCUGGAUCCUGUCAUCGCGCCUCUGAUCGAACUGAGGGAAAAGAAGGAAGUGAAUAUUCCCCAUGGGGUUUUCCUCAAGGAUUUCUUCAAGUGCGAGUGGUAG